AUGGAUUUCUCGAACUUCAACGCGGCCGAGCAGGCCCAUAUGACCAAGGUUAUCGAAAAGCGUCAGGUACAACUUCUAGCUGGCGCGAGAGACGCGCAACUCACCCGUUCCCAGAUGCAAGACUUCCUACGAAUGUAUUCUAACCUCGUUGAAAAGUGUUUCAACACGUGUGUCAAUGACUUUACAAGCAAGGCCCUGUCGUCAAAAGAGGAAACAUGCAUCAUGAACUGCACGGAGAAGUUCAUUAAGCACUCAGAGAGGGUCGGAGCGCGGUUCGCAGAGCAAAACGCCGAGGCCAUGAGCGCCCAGAACCAGUCAUAA